AUUCCUCACUGCGAAACCACACAUUCGGAUGUAGUGAUUUUGCUUGCGGAAGACUCAUAUCUAGUGCUUAUUCAGGGCAUGUUGCAAUCAACGUCUGCUGAAGAUGUGUUUAACCCAGCGGAAUUCGGUGCUAGCCUUUGUGAGAUGGAAAAAUUAGAACCAGAGACCGAUCCAGAACCAUCGCCGACCAGUGUUGAAGCCGAAACCACAAGGCCAAAUCCAUGGAGUGCGAAUUUGGAUCUUGUCUAUCCUCCAAGAUUCAGUGAUGAGGAUGUGGUUUUUGGUAUAGAUGGUGGAGUACUUUACAAUGGAGCUCCAGCUGAGAAUGUCGAUGUCCCAGCACUUUUGAAUGUCAGCGUUUUGCGGGAUAAGGUAUAG